AUGAACAGUAGCAAACCUACAUGGAAACAGAAUGGCGUACAAUUACAAACACAACAUACAUUAACAGAGGACGAGCUACCAAUACAUAGACAUGAUACAGGAACAUUUCAGCUAACACGCGCUGGUCAACAUACACAUAAUUAUACUGAUCCGGGACAUAAUCAUGGUGGCUCAACUGGCGAAGCAUUUUUGGGUACUGGACAAUAUUGGGGAAGUUAUCAUGGCGGUGGCGCUGGAUUAGGGCAACAUACACAUUCGAUCCCUGUCGGAAAAACUGGUAUUACUAUAGAAUCCAAUGGAGAACAUUCACAUGAGUUGAGAGGUUUAUCUGGACCUAUAGGAAAAGGCAAAGCAUUCAGUUUGAUGCCACCGUUUCAAAUCAUUGAUUUCAUCAUCCUAUAUCAAUAAUUCUUUGGGCAUGCUGAUGGCAAUGCAUAAAGUAAAUUAUUCUUCAGGAAAUUAUCCAUAAUAGUUCUUCAAUAAACUACUAAGUAUUCUUGAAUGAUGUUUCGACAAUAAUUGUGAUUAUUAAUGAACUAUUUCUUGUAACUCUGAAUGUGUUCAGUAUCACACCUGAACAUUGAAUUAAAUUAUUGAAGACCUUUCUAACUA